AGGGUAUCCAUUGGCAUUACUCAGCCACCUUCAUUUUCAUGAUCAGCAUUGACAACUACUUAGUAGUUCUGACUUGAACUAUGAAUGACUAAUUCAUUGAUUUAAUUGUGUCCGAAUUGAUGUUUUACCAGUGUUGUAACGACGGGGAAAUGCUUAACAGUUCACAGCUUGUUCUUUUUGGAUCAAAAUUUUUUUUUGCUGACUUGAGUACUACCAUCAUCACCAGGAAAAAAAAAUGAAUAAGCUAGAAACCAUGGCGUCGCCCUUUAUCUUGGCACGGGAGUCUGGCGGCUUCUUUCACCGAGUAAAGGGUCUGCAUCUGCAGGACCACAGGAUCUCGGUGCCUCUCGAUUACUCGAAGACAACUACUACAUCUAUUGGUGAUCAUGGUAUCAUCCCCGACAACUCUAGAUCUACCUCUAUAACUAUCAGCAUAUAUGCUCGAGAAGUCCGGAAGGCGAGUGACGUUCCUGUUUCGACGAGCAGGGCUAGCGAGGCGGAGACGGUUGUCGCAAGCAGUAAAGAGACAAAAUUAUGGCAUCUAGUUGUACCAAAAUAAAUCCAUUUUCUAGAAGAAUAACAUCUUGGUGAUGUCCCGUUUUAUUUCACGAGAAAAGAUGCACCGAGAUCAUGCUCUUGAGGAUCAAUUCUUUUCAUAGGCAAAAGAAUGAAUGAAUGAAUCCAUUGAUAUGCACUCGGCCUUGGGCAUGGAUUUCUGUGCACGACGGACAGGUCUAAUCAAAGAAGACAAGAAGAGCUACCUUCUGUACCUCCAAGGCGGUCCAGGGUAUCGCGCUGGGCGACCGACUGGGCCAGGAGGAUGGAUCAGUGCUGCAUUGGAUGCGGGUUUUCGAGUCAUUUUGCUUGACCAACGUGGCACGGGACAGUCAACUAGAGCUAGUAUUGGCCUUCUCAAAUUAAGGGCUGAAGCAUCUCACUUGUUCUACAAAGCACUAUUCACUUCUACUCUAGAACAAGCGUUUUUGUUUUUCACUUUUUAGUAUUCCUAAAUAAUGUUUUGGUCUUGACUCUUGAGUUUGAAAAGUGAAGUGGUUCAAACACAAUCUUUAAUCAAGCGUAUGAAGGAUAAAAAAGGGGAGGACGCGGUCGCAGAUUAUCUAGCAAAUUUUCGAGCAGAUAGCAUCGUGCGUGAUGCAGAACGGCUGCGAUUGCACUUGGGGAUAGAAAAGUGGACACUACUCUUACGGCCCAUGCUCAUACUUUUAUCAUUUUCACAGAUCAUUAGUUGUAACUUGUCCCAGUACAGUUUUCUUCCCAACGAACUCUGAGAGUAUGAAGAACUUUUUGGAUUCUGACUCUGAGAGUAUGAAAAUGAUCUUAUUUAAUUGAAAGGGCAACUACACCAACUAAUGAAGAUACUGUGAGCUCUAACACUCGGGCAGAGUUUUGGUGGUUUCUGCAGUGUUCAGUAUUUGAGCAUGUAUCCGGAGUCGCUACGUGAGGUGUUGAUUACAGGAGGACUUCCGCCAUGCGUCGCACUGCCAUGCGCAGCGGAGACAGUGUAUCAGAAGCUCUUCGAACGUGUCAAGGUUCAGAACGCGAAAUACUAUCAGAGGUUUCCCCAAGACGUGGACGCAGUUAGGGAGAUCGCUAUUUAUCUACAUUGCUGUACGUUUCAGGAGAACUACAAGAAGGAGAGAGUGCAGAUGCCGAAAGGGGGCAUCCUCACAAUGCAAGGUUUUCAGGCACUGGGGAUUCUGUUCGGCCUGCAAGACGGAUUCGAACUGGUGCACUACCUGAUAGAAGACGCCUGGGACGCUGAUGGAGGCCCACACACAUCUCCUCUCCUGGAAGAAUGGCAUCUAAGUUUAAGAGUAGGUUAAAGGUGCUUUUCUUACCGCUUUUUAUGCCUCUCCCAAGGGAGAAAGGCAUAACAAGCGGGGUAAGCGAGCACCAAAAGCCUACCUCUAAUAAGUCACGAGUUUCUCGCCGGUGUAGAGAAGAUUAUAUCUCUGGACGAGGCCCCGCUCUACCUCUUGUUGCACGAGUCCAUCUACUGCAGUGGUGGCGUUAGCAAUUGGGCCUGUGAACGAGUUCGAUCUAGUGACAGACUCGUGAAGUUGUUCGACGCCGACUAUGCUAUAGACAUGCGUCAUGUUGCGGCCAGGAGAACACCAAAAUUAGAUAAAUCUUAAGGUAGCCCAAUGGCUACGGAUUCGAAUGAUGUACUUCAUCACUCUCAGCGAUGUCGCCCCUGUCCUGUGAACUAGUCCUAAUCUGCACAAGCACAGGAUAAAUUUGAGAAGGCAAAACAUCUGGCUUCUGUUGUUUUUAAGUACGAAGAUCCCUGGGGCUUAGUGCCUUUCAUCUGCCUAAGCUAACUAGAUCCGGGCCAACUAUUUAACUCGUCAACUUGUUACUUGCUGCACACGUUUAAGACCUUAAGACUUUGGUCUUGAUGUUGAUGCUGAUGAUGUUGUUGAUCUUGAUGGUGUUGAUCUUCGUGUUGCUGUCGUUAUGAUUUUCUUGUUCUUGUUGUUUCCUUGAUCAUGAUGUUCGUAAGUCUUUAAGUUGUUGACUUCCGUACUGGUAGGAUGAUCUUCAUGCUCAUGCUUGAGUUGAUUCAUAGUUUGGGGAUCGACACGUCAGCCAGUUCUCUUCACUGGGGAGAUGAUGUUCCCUUGGAUGGCCAAGACCCUCGGUGGCGGAUUGGAGUGCCUCGAUGGAGUUGCCAACAAGCUCGCCAAACGCAAAGUAGGGCCUGUUCGACAUGACGUAGAGUUACUGACUUCUUUAUUGAUGCGCUCCUACAGUAAUAUGUUUCUAUAGCGUGGUGAGCUUGUCCUUGUUGUGCGAGGGCUUGUUGUCAGAUACUGUUAUUGAAUGAGGAUUGGUCUAGUCAUUGAAUGACCAUGGGUCUAGGGAAACUCAAGGUCAAGAAGCUCCUUCUGUAUGCGUGGUGUGGCUUUUCUGCUCUUUCUUCAACCUUCUAAAAAUUUGGCCCAAGUUGUACGAUGUGGAGAAAUUGAAACGGGUUGACGUUCCGGUGGCUGCCGCAACAUACGUGGAAGAUAUGUUUGUGGACUUCGAUCUGGCACGAGAAACUGCGAAGUUGAUCGGUGCGGAAGCCGGCGCGCCGAUGCUACUAGGAGCAUCUACUUCUUCUUCCGCAACAUCGAACGGCUCGCCAGCAGCAAAGAAACAAAAAAAAGGAGACGAAUUUGAAGACAGGCAGCGUAAGACCAACUUCAAGAAACCAAAGCAACUUGGUGGAGAGCAUGUACGACAACUGAUGACAUCUGCGUACAACCAUUCCGGGUUACGCGAAGAUGGUGCUACGAUCUUCAAGGAGUUGCUGGCCAUGGUACGAGACGAACAUCCGGUGAGGUGAAAAUGUGAGGUGUAAGCGCUGUGAGGUGUACGAGCUGGGCGAUCCGAGGAUGAAGGAUUCUAAGGUGAGGGGAAGAGAUUGAACGCUUUGAUGCGCCUAGAUUUUUUCAAAAGCAAGUCGGCGGUUGGUGUUGACUGGCAGGUCGACAAAGAUAAAAGAUUUGGCACAACAACUUGCUAGAAGACUAAAAAAGCUUGCGAACAAGUCCUUUCGACCCAGAAAAACUAUGAUUUUCAUUCGAAGAUUCAAGAUUUCCGUUCGAUCAUCUUGGUCCUCCCAGGCUGGUUACCAUCCAAUCUCAAGUGGAAGCUGUGCUCGUACGAGAGAGAUGGCGACGGAGCCCUCGGAGGUGUCCU